GCGACACAAGCAAUGAAGGCGGUGGUGAUCACUAGACCAGGUGACCCAGAAGUGCUUCAGGUACGGGAUGUGGCAGAACCAUUAAUUAAGGACCAUGAGGUCCUCAUAAAGGUUGCUGCCUCUGCUUUGAACCGUGCCGAUACCUUCCACCGCAAAGGCUUAUAUGAGCUUCCAAGCGGUGACGCCCCCUUUCUGGGUAUGGAAUGCUCUGGCACCAUUGAAGCCCUCGGUAAAAAUGUUACCCGCUGGAAAAUUGGUGACAAGGUAUGUGCUUUACUCCAUUGGGGAGGGUAUGCAGAGAAGGUAGCUGUUCCAGUAGAACAAGUUCUCCCUAUCCCACCUGGUGUCUCUUUGGAGGAUGCUGCUAGCCUGCCUGAGGUGGCAUGCACUGUUUGGUCAACGGUUUUUAUGACCAGUCGACUAUCAGCUGGGGAGACAUUCUUGGUUCAUGGGGGUUCCAGUGGAAUUGGUACAUUUGCUAUCCAAAUGGCUAAAUUUCAAGGAGCAAAAGUCUUCACUACGGCAGGAAAUGAAGAAAAACUAGUUGCUUGUAAAAAUCUCGGAGCAGAUGUUGUUAUCAAUUACAAGACAGAGGACUUCGUUGCUCGAGUAAAGGAAGAAACUGGCGGGAAAGGUGUUGAUGUCAUUCUGGAUCACAUGGGAGCAUCCUACCUGCAGCGAAACCUGGACAGCUUAAACUCUGAUGGAAGGCUUUUCCUUAUCAGCAUAAUGGGUGGGGCUGUAGGAGAAGUAAAUCUGAAUAGUUUGCUCACAAGGCGCCUCACAGUACAGGCAAGUUGUAUUGUCAACAAACUGCAAACAGUACCGUUUCAUGUGGUGAUUUUGAACACAGCUGCUCGCUUGAGAUUCAGAAGUCCGGAAAAGAAAGCAGAGAUUAUUAGAGAGGUGGAGAAAAAUGUGUGGCCUGCCAUUGCUUCAGGGAAGGUGAAGCCUGUUGUGUAUAGGUACUUCCCAUUAUCUGAAGCAUCAGAAGCUCAUCGACUCAUGGAAACCAGCAAGCAUAUUGGAAAGAUAUUGCUCCGACCAUGAAUUUGUUAAACAUAAAUGUUUGAGCUUAUGGUCCCUACUUGUCACAUAAACUAAUCCCUUUUUAUUUUUAUUUUUCAUGUCGGAACAUCAUCUCCUAUGUGACGGAAUAUU